UCCCGGCUCCGCUGCCCGGCCCCGCCGCCCGGCCCCGCCAUGAGCUGCUCGGCGGACGCCGUGAAGGAGAAGCUGCUGUGGAACGUGAAGAAGGAGGUAAAGCAGAUCAUGGAAGAAGCUGUCACACGGAAGUUUGUUCAUGAAGACAGCAGUCACAUCAUCGCCUUGUGCGGUGUGGUGGAGCUGUGUCUGCUGCACAUGCUGAAGCGCCGCACCGCUGGCUUCCUGCGCACCGACAAGGUGGCUGCGCUCUUCACCAAGGUGGGCAAGACCUGUGCAGCAGCUGGAGACAUCUGCAAGAAAGUGCAGGAGCUGCAGCAGCAGGUGGAAAGCAGGAAAAAUCAGGCAAAUGGGCAGGAGCCCCUCAAGAGACAGGGAUCAACUACAAGCAAAUCUCCUGUCCUGACACCUCAGGCCAUCAAGCACAUUUGGGUUCGGACGGCGCUGAUUGAGAAGGUGCUGGACAAGAUUGUGCAGUACAUUGUUGAUAACUGCAGUAAAUACUAUGAAAAAGAAGCUUUACUGGCAGAUGCUGUUUGUGGCCCAAUACUGGCUUCUCUCCUCGUUGGGCCAUGUGCUCUGGAGUACACCAAGCUGAAGACAGCUGACCACUACUGGACAGACCCCUCUGCAGAUGAGCUGCUCCAGCGGCACCGGAUCCACGGAGCUCACGGCCGCCAGGACUCGCCUGCCAAGCGCCCAGCGCUGGGAAUCCGCAAGCGCCAUUCCAGCGGGAGCGCGUCCGAAGAUCGCUUUGCUGCUUCAGCCAGAGAGUACGUGGAGUCUCUGCACCAGAACUCCCGGACACACCUUCUGUAUGGGAAGAACAACGUCCUGGUCCAGCCGAAGGACGACUUGGAGGCAAUUCCUGGGUAUCUCUCCCUUCAUCAGUCAGCAGAAAGUCUGACAUUAAAGUGGACUCCAAAUCAGCUGAUGAAUGGAACGCUUGGAGAUUCAGAGCUGGAGAAAAGUGUUUACUGGGACUAUGCCCUGAUAGUGCCUCUCAGCCAGAUCGUCUGCAUUCACUGCCAUCAGCAACCAGAAGGCAGAUGGACGUUGGUCUUGGUGAGUCAGGAUGGAACUCAGAGACCUCCUCUGCACUUCCCCCAAGGAGGUCACCUCCUCGCGUUCCUUUCCUGUCUGGAAAAUGGUCUUCUGCCUCGUGGUCAGCUGGAACCACCACUCUGGUCCCAACAGGGCAAGGGGAAGGUAUUCCCAAAGCUCCGAAAACGGAACAGCAACAGGUCGGUGGACCUGGAGGAGAUGCCAGCUGAAGACACUUCUACAGACUAUGUGUUCAGAAUUAUCUAUCCAGGACACAAGCAUGAUAACAUAACUAUUAACUACCACCACUUAGCUGCCAGCCGCUCUGCCUCUGUUGACGAUGACGAGGAGGAGGAAGAUAAGCUGCACGCAAUGCUAUCAAUGAUCUGCUCUCGGAACCUCACAGCUCCUAAUAGGAUGAAAGACACCAGCGACAUGAUGGAGAUGCAAAGCUUUGGGUCAAACCUGCUCUCCUGGCAGCUGGAGCACUGCAGCCAAGGCUCCUCCUGCCUCUCCUGCUCCACGGGCAGCUCUCCCUAUGACAUCCCCAGCUGCUGCAGCUGCAUCCACGACAGAACUUCCUUGAAGAUGCUGUGUGAAAGCAUGAAGAGACAAAUAGUUUCCAGAGCCUUUUAUGGAUGGCUUGCCUACUGCCGCCACUUGUCCACCGUGCGGACCCACCUCUCAGCCCUGGUCAAUCACACCAUCAUCCCCCCUGACAGGCCCAGCAGCACCUCGGGGGGGCUGACCAAAGAGGUCUGGAGCAAGUAUCAGAAGGACAAGAAGAAUUACAAGGAACUGGAAUUACUGAGGAGAGUUUAUUACGGUGGGGUGCAGCACGAGAUCCGGAAGGAAGUGUGGCCAUUCCUGUUGGGUCACUACAAAUUCGGGAUGGCCAAGAAGGAAAUGGAGCAGGUGGAUGAAGACAUCGCCCUCCGGUACCAGAAGGUCAUGGCUGAGUGGAAAGCCUGUGAGGUCAUCGUGAAGCAGAGGGAGAAGGAGUCCCAUCCCAUCACACUGGCCAAGUUCUCCUCGGGCAGCAGCAUCGACAGCCACGUCCAGCGGCUGAUCCACAGGGACUCCACCAUCAGCAAUGAUGUCUUUCUCUCCGUCGAUGAGCCGGACUCGGAGCAGGAUUCCCGAGGUCAGGAGGACCCCGCGGUGACCCUGGUGCCCCCCGCCCCGCCGGAGCAGCCGCCCCUGGAGUUCGACUCCCCCGACUCGGGGCUGCCCUCCUCCCGGAACUACUCGGUGGCCUCGGGCAUCCUGUCCAGCAUCGAGGACGGGCCCAGCGGCUCCUUCGAAGACGGGGCUGAAGACCCCGAGGUGGGCAGGGCCGACCCCGACACGCCCCGGGGGCAGCCCCGGGCAGCGCCGGGCGCGGUGUUGGAAGAGCAGCCACGUUCCCGGGGGGAUCAUCCCACGGACGCUGCCUCGGUCUGCGCUGCCUCCUACACGAUAGAAUUACUGGACACUGUGGCCUUAAAUUUGCACAGAAUUGAUAAAGAUGUCCAGAGAUGUGACCGGAAUUACUGGUAUUUUACUGCUGAUAACCUGGAGAAGCUCCGAAACGUCAUGUGCAGUUAUGUUUGGGAGCACCUAGAAGAUGGUUAUGUUCAAGGCAUGUGUGACCUCCUGGCUCCUCUGAUGGUUAUACUGGACAAUGACCAGCUGGCUUACAGCUGCUUCAGCCACCUGAUGAAGAGGAUGAGCCAGAACUUCCCCAGUGGAGGUGCUAUGGACACACACUUCGCCAACAUGAGGUCCCUGAUCCAGAUUCUAGACUCAGAGCUUUUUGAAUUGAUGCACCAGAAUGGAGAUUACACUCACUUUUACUUCUGCUAUCGCUGGUUCCUGCUCGACUUUAAAAGAGAAUUGUUGUACGAGGAUGUGUUUACAGUGUGGGAAGUUAUUUGGGCAGCAAAGCACAUCUCUUCAGAACAUUUUGUCCUUUUCAUUGCCUUAGCACUUGUGGAAGUUUAUCGAGAGAUUAUCCGUGAUAACAACAUGGACUUCACUGAUAUCAUCAAGUUUUUUAAUGAAAUGGCAGAGCAUCAUAAUGCUGAGGAAAUUCUGAGGAUAGCAAGAGACCUUGUCUACAAAGUGCAGACAUUGAUUGAAAACAAAUGAUAAUGAGCAGAUUGUCGUGGCCUUGUCCUGAGCUAUGGGAUGGAGCAUCUCUUGCACUGUAACUUCAGAAUGGUGUUUUACUUGCAUCUUCCAUGUAAUGUAAAAAAUAUCAAAGAGAUUUGUAACAGACUUUUAAAAAAACAGAACUUUUCCUUCACCAGAUAAAGUUUGUGUUUGAUAGUCCUUGUUACACUCACUUUGUAUUUCUAGACAAAAUUUUUUUGCAUUCUCUUAUUUCCCUCUCUAGAAGACUAUCUACAUAUUUGAGAUAUUAAAAAGGGGGGAUUUGACAUACUAGAACAUUUAUAUUUUGACUUACUGCACCUCUGAAGCCUGGAUGGACGUUGUCUGCUUUGCCAGAACCUUCCAUGGAGGCAGGGCUGGAUCCAACACUCAGGUGUUGCAGGCACUGAACUGGGUCCUUGGAGGAGCUCGUUCUUGGACUCUGUGUCUGUGCCUAGAAUGGAAGAGAAUGUGUGUGAGCUUCUGUUGCUAAAGCAUUUGGGUUUGUAUUUAGCAGCAAUGGAGAUAAAUAAGGUUACCAGCUGGGAGCAUGGCCUUAAACUGAACAGUGUGGCCAAGAGGAGCAGUAAGAGCUGGAAACACCCGUUAGCCUUUGUUGCCCAGCUUGGGCUGCUGAGCCCUUGUGCCCUGCACGUGCCAGACAAGCUUUCCUUUUACUUUGCAAACUGUUCCCAGGUGACAAGACCUGCCUGAUGCAGUUCAGGUUAACACCAGUUUAGCACACAGAAGCAGGUCCCCUGCCCAGGGUAGCAGCUCCCCCUCUGCACCUGUGCACAGUGCCAGAUGCACAGCAGAGCCUCCCCUGCACCCCACUCUGCAGAGCCCUCAGGGAGCUUUCCUUGGGAUGCUGGGCACACCAGCCCAGCACUGCUCUGCCCAGAUGAAGCAGCUGUACCUGUGGGUGGGGCUCUGCUCUGCUCCCCUGAGCUGCCUGGCAGAGCCAUCCAUGAGCCCCCAAGUUCUGUGCCACUUCUGUCCUGCUCCUGCAUGUGCAGCAUUCCCCAUCCUGCAGAGGUGAGGGAUGCUGAGCUGCAGCCAGGUCUGCUGCUGUCCCUGCACUUCAUCCCCUGUACAGAAUCACCUCGUGUCUCUACUUGCUUUCCCAAGGCGCACACAUUUUCUAACUCAAUGUGUGGCUCUGGGAGGGAGGCAAGAGGGAGCAGGUUUUUGCUAAUGGGGUUAGCUGCAGAUUUCAUGGAUCCUCGUGACCUGUGCUCCUAGAAAACCAAGGGACUUAGUUUAAGCACUUCAAGCAUUCCAAAGUAUCCCACCCUUUGCCAUUAGAACCUCUGUCAUUAAAAAAAAAAGAGGACUUUGAAUCUUUUUUUUGAUUGUUCUAUCCCUCAGAGCAGGCAGGGUUACACAGCUGCCUCCCCACUGACCCUUGUAGAGACAUCUGUGUGCUUUCCAGCGUCACAGAAGGGUUGGGUUGCAAGAGUCCUGUGAAGGUCAGGUUGCUCAGCGAAGUUUACAUGACAGAUCAGCUCACAUGAGCUUUUAAAAUCAGAUUUUUUGCAAAAAAGGGUGUAGGGAAUAAAAUGAUUCUGUUUGAAGAGUUAAAUGCUGAUAGGAAGUACUUGCAUUAGGAACUCUGCUCUUGUUCCCACCCCAGCAGUGGGGAAUCCUGCUCUUUGCAGGGGUGCUGUCUGGGCUCCUCAGGAGCUGGAGCAUUGCUUGUACAAAAAAAAAAAUAAAUGGCAGCUUUGGCUCUAGAAAUAUCAUCUGUGCUUACAUCUCUCUUUAUGACUGCAGUAAGCUAAACAUGGUAAAUAAUAGCCUGGAGAGGGAAAAAAUGGACAGAAAGGUGUUAGCUCAAUAGCCCUCCCUUAAAUCAGCUGCUAAAAAUUGGAGGGGAAGAGUAAAAAGAAACCAACAAACCUCAAGUCCCCCAUGGCUGGUGUUGCCAGAAGCCCUCAGGGAUGAGCCUGGUGUCCUCUGGGCUCAUGAGCAUCAUGGUCACCAACAGCAGUGGGAACAGCCAAGCCCACCCAGUGCUGGGAAGGGGGGAUGGACACCUCCUUCCAGAGCAGAAUGGAGCAAAGUGUCCGUGGUGGGAGCGAGGGAGGGAAGGGGCUCCACGGGGCUCUCCCACAGCUGGGCCUGCUCCCCAUCCAGGGCUCCAGGGAGGGCUUUGGUGUGUCUGGUCACUUGAAAAAGAGAAAUAGUAUUUUUAAAAAAAAAUAGACAAGAGCAAGAAAACCCUCCCACUCACAGAGCCUGAGGAAGUGAUGUAAAAAAUAAACCCACUAUUUUUCUUUGGCAUGUUGGGAAUAUACUAUGAAACUAUAAAACAACAAACCUCUGCAAACUUUGUUGUAUUUGUUAUAUCAUUCUGGCUAACUGUAUUUUAUUAAUAUUGUGUAUUAUUUAUUUUUGUUGGGAGCAGACUAUUCUCUUUAUUGCGCAACUAUUUAUGUUUAAAUGUAACAUAUGAAUAAAUACUUAUCGUCAAGGCA